AUGGGAGAUAACCCUUAUGAAUCGUUAACAUUUGGAAACUCGCUAUCUUUGCGUGUGGAUGGUGCCAUUGGCACCAUGUCGCUUUCGCCGAACGGGAGAGACGCCGUUCUUGCAGGCCGGAAGGGUCUAUUUGUCAUUGACUUGGAGGAUCCGUUUACGGCACCUCGUUGGCUUCACCAUAUAACCUCAUGGGAAGUAGCCGAUGUUCAGUGGUCGCCACAUCAUUUCCUCAAACCAUCCUGGUGCAUAUCUACAUCUAACCAAAAAGCGCUUCUUUGGGACUUGGCUCGCCCGUCGAAUAAUGCAAUUGCUCACUUGGUCUCCAGCCACGAUCAUAGCUUCUUUCUAUGGGAUUCUAGGAAGGGAGCAUCGCCAGUUCUCAGGAUCGACAAUGCUCACAGAGGUAAGAUAAACGGUCUUGAUUUUAGCAGUGCGGAUAAGCUUAUAACCUGUUCCAACGACGAGAGGCUUAAAAUUUGGGACCUUCUGCAAUUACUGAACGGUGAGAAUCAACCGUCUGUUAUAAUGCAGGCAGACUAUCCUAUCGCCAGAGCUCGGUCCUUACCUUUUGGUAAAGAUGGAUGUUGCGGUAUUAUGCCUCUUCGGGGUGGAGGUAAUGCUAUACAUGUAAUAAAUUAUCAAGCGGCCUUAAACGAAAAUGCAGCUACCGGAGAGACAGUUCUUGUUGAUGUCAUACCGGACUAUUCGUUUCGGGGACAUCAGGGCUCCAUCAAGGACUUUUUGUGGAGAACACUUCGGUCAAGCUACGCAGGUUUUGAUAGCAAACAACCAUGGGAAGAUUAUCAGCUAGUUAGCUGGUCUUCUCAAGACUACGACCUCAAGUUGUGGCCCCAUGAGAGGGAGAUUUACGAGGUUGCAAAUUAUAAUCCACUGCACCAAAAGCUUUUUAAUUCUUUGGUGAAAAGCGCUGGUGGCUCUGAUUCAGAAGACGGAAUUGCUGGCAAUUCUCCUACUGGCUCCCCGGGCUUUGAGUUGAACGAGGAGACGUCGCUAAAGAAGUCAGCAACAUACGUUUAUAAUUCAUAUUGCGCCGAGCCGCCUCUCCGUGUUGAAGACUAUUCUAGAGAGUAUAAUGGUGAUUAUCUAUCUUCUAUGGCUUACUUCAAAAUUGUUCAGUCUCAAGAAAAUUUCGGAGGCUCCACUCAGGUAAAUCAUCUCGACUGGAUCUCCGGUGUACGUAUGGGCGAGUCAGGCACCAACCGGCAAGAAGCGCAUAGCCAUUCUGCGUUUGGAAAUUCACUGGGUCCUUCAAACUUGGGCGAAGAGGUGAGCAUAGUAGGCCACAAAUUUCCUAAGCUACGUUUCGAAAAAAUUUCUGUCUCCACUGGCCACCUAGUGAUGACACUCAAGGGUCCACUCCCCAAAGUAGAAGACGUGGUUCCUGAAGAUGGAAAUGGCAAAGAAAAUACAACUGAAAAGAGUAAUGCGAUCAGCGAGGAUAAGUUGAGCACAUCUGCUAGUAAACGCAAAGCGACUGGGAGGGAUGGCAGCCCGCUGCUUCAAGCCAGUGGUCCAUCCGCAACUCUGCAACUGGUGUCGGUUGGAAAAUCCCCUCCCAGUUCGGUUAUCAAUACGAAAGAGAUUGAGUCACAGAGAAUCGAUAACAUUGAUGCGAUGGAGGACAACUCCAAAAUGGAACAGGAGCAAUCUCUAGCUUUUAUACGACUUGAAGUUAUUUUUCCUAAGUGCUAUCCCGACUUAGAAGAUACCCUCUCAAAAGGACAGAGAGGAAAGAGAGCUCACAAGAGUCGAACCAACAAGAUCACAUUCAACAUAGAAGAGACUCAUGAAAUUACACCAGAUAUUAAGCGAAUCAUGAUCGAUGGGUUAAAAAGAAUUGCAGAGUUCUACUCCAAUAAGUUUUCGAGAUUCUGCCUUGAACCUUGUUUGCGAUUCUUGAUGGGAGAUAGGAUAAAUCUUGAUGAAGCAUCGAUGGUACAAGAACUAGAUGAAAUACAAGAGUCUGCCCUAGGGGAGGAAGAUGAUCUUGUUGAAGUUGGUAGUGAGGGCUGGGCAGAUGACCUAGUGAGUCAACAUAACGCGGCCACUACUAUGCCCUUAAGCUACGGAAGUGUCGAGGAGGAGGAAGACGAGGAUGCGGAUUUAAUACCAACGAUCGGUGAUCAUGGUGUAAAUGCCCUUGAAUCAUCUCAAAAAGAGGAUUCCAAGCCGAUAUCCUUUGCAGAUCAACUCAGGGAGCGGAUUAAAUAUGACACAACGCCACUUCCAAAAGGCUGCGGAGCUGUUUGGUCCCAAGGUGGUCGGCUAGUAUGUUUUUUUAUCAAGCGUCAUAACGAGGAACAGGAAAAAAGAACGCAGGAUAGCACGAAAUCUACUUCAUAUGGGACUGGUGUCAGUUAUGAUGAGGAUGAUGCAAAUAUUGAUCAGUUGGAAACGGGCUCAGUAGACUCCAUGGAUGCUGAAGUUUCACUAAUGGAUGACUCGGAUGGUCAAAUGGAUGAGAAUAUUCCCCUGGACUCCUCGCUCUCAUCUGACGAUAGCUUUAACCAUGACUGGGACGAAUUGUUGGAGAAUGAUAUCCCAUCAAGGUCGCGUGUAAGGGGUCUCUUCAAAGAGUCUAUGAAGGUAGGAGGUAACUUUUUUGGGAUUAAUGAACAUAAAUCGGGCACUGGGAUGACACCAAGUGCUGCAGGAACGGCUUCGAAUUAUAAGUCUUCAACGCACGGUGACCAAUCUAUCAAAGGCAAAAGAACUGACAAAACAUCCAAGGGAUCAUUCAAUGUGGUAUCUGUGGUCGAUUUCUCGCACCUUACGCCUGACAAAUUUGAGCUCGCUUCGUCAUAUAAAGUUUUGGGGGAUUCGCCGGAGAGGUUGGCGAGACAUAAUUCCGAAGUGGCGCUGUACUAUGGAUAUAUGGAGCUCCGUGAUGCCUGGAAGCUCAUAGAGCUCAUAUUGAUUAAAGAUGUUACCUCCGCUGAUCUUAGAAUAGCAAGGUCAUUUGCUUCACCUGAUUCAUGCAAAUUCUUCUGGGGAAAUCAUCCUUUUGGCAAUAAAUGGUUAAUCAAAGAGCUCUUUCAUUAUUUUGAGCUGAAAUUGGAUCUUCAGAUGGUUGUGAUGAUGUCAUGUAUCCUAUACGAGAAUAUUACCACACCCUCCAACAGAGCCGGCGACUUCUUGCAGAAUACUCCCAUUGGCCCGCCAUUUUCGACAGUCUUGACUUCCAAUGACCGGAGAAAUGAUGGCAUUUCUGGUACGCUUAAUGAGUGUGAGAUUAAAGUUGGGUCGCCCUUUUCAUUUCAGCAGGCAAAUACAGAAAAAUUGCUUUUAAGGAAAGCUUCAAUGAUGAGCUCUGAUGCAAAUAUGCACAGGAUAUCGGAUUAUCAAAUGUCCAGGCCUCCAUCACUGACAGUAACAUUACCACAUCCUACAUCUGUUUCACCAGAGUUUUCUCCUCAUCAAGGUGCACAAAGAAGAAACCAGAAUAUAGAAAGCCCCCAAAGACGACUCAAGCAUUAUCAAAAAAGACCUUUGAAGGGACAACAGCUCAAAACAGGGUCAUCGCUUCUUCCGGCGAUUAAGCACAAGAGUGGACUAAGGCCAGCACCGACUAUAACUAUAGCAAUGAAGAACGAUGACAGACUUGAUAUCUUCGAAGACCUGUUUACAUCACCUUUAUUGGAUGAAGUCAGUACUGAGAAGAUACGGCGGUACAGAGAAGAAUACGCUUCCAUGUUGUAUGCGUGGGAUCUACUUUAUAACAGGCUUGAGAUUCUCAAAUUCAAUUACACAGCAGACGAUUCAGAGGAAAUUGUGAACAUGUAUUACAUCCAGAAUGUGCCCUUGAAUGGUGGUCAGCAGGAGAAGUCAAUUUAG